AUGGCGCUCUUCAAGGCCAGUCCCAUCGUGCUGCUCGUUCUGGCGCUUGCGCUGGCGCCGACGACGUCGGCAGACAUCAUCGGCAAGGGCAAGGCCGUCAUCGCCGCGGCGCUGCUCGGCAAGGGCAAGGGCCCGGUGGUGGCGCCGGUCCGCACCGUGUUCGUCCCCACCCCCGUCGUGGUCGAGAAGAAAGUGGUCGUCGAGAAGAAAGUCUUCGUCGACCGCCCUGUCUACGUCCCAACACCCGUCUAUGUCCCCACCCCCGUGCCGACCCCUGUGCCCACUCCCGUGUUCGUGAACAUCGGCAAGGGCAAGGGCAAGGCCUGGGCGCCGGCGGCGCAGCCGGCGUUCGUGCCGCCGCAGGUCGGGAAGGGCGGGCUUUUCGGCAAGGGCAAGGCGGCGGCGCUGGUGCAGGCCGUUGUGCCCGUUGUGCCCGACAUUGGGAAGGGAGGCCUGUUCGGCAAGGGCAAGUCGGCCACGCUUGUCGGGAAGGGGACGGUCGGCGGGCUCCUGGGCUGA